GCAUUCUUGCAAGUGACCUCAAAAUGAAGGCUUCUGUUUAUUGUGUCGUAUACAUGUGUUGUAUUCUGCUUAGCAAUGGGAAGGAGGUUUCUGAUACUUCUCAUAUUAUGCCUCUUUAUCGGGAUCCAAGUCCCAAAAACCAACCAGGGAGACCAUAUUUCCAUCUCCGACCCCCAAAGAACUGGCUGAAUGAUCCUAAUGGUCCAAUGCAUUACAAGGGAGUUUAUCAUCUAUUCUAUCAAUACAAUCCUUAUGGUGCAAUCUUUAAUAAAACAAUCCUAUGGGGUCAUUCAGUUUCCCAUGAUUUGGUAAACUGGAUUCACCUCAAGAACGCCAUUGUCCCAACCAAGCCGUUUGACAUCAACAGUUGCUGGUCAGGCUCCACAACAAUCCUUCCAGGAAACAAACCAGUGGUUUUGUACACUGGACUCGAUUCCAAGAAUCAGCAAGUUCAGAAUCUUGCAAUGCCAAAGAAUUUAUCAGACCCUUUUCUAAAAGAAUGGAAGAAAUAUUCUGGUAAUCCCAUCAUGACUCCACCUCAUGGAGUCAAACCAGACAAUUUCCGUGAUCCAAGUACAGCUUGGAGGGGGGAAGAUGGAAUUGGAGGUAGAGAUGGGAUUGAGAACUCAGCGAUCAGAAUAAACCUCAAGUAUGUGCUGAAAGCAAGCUUUAAAUCACAUGACUACUACACAAUUGGAAGCUAUGAUGCCGAUAAAGAAAAGUUCUUACCAGAUGAUGAAGGUCUAACUGGAAGUAGCUCAGACUUGAGAUAUGAUUAUGGAAAGUUCUAUGCAUCCAAGACAUUUUUUGAUAGUGUGAAGAAUAGGAGGAUACUAUGGGGUUGGAUAAACGAGUCAGAUAGUUCAACUGAUGAUAUCAAGAAACAAUGGGCUGGACUCCAGUCUAUCCCUCGUCAAGUUUAUCUGGACUCCACUCGACGCCAGCUGAUACAAUGGCCAGUUAAGGAAACUGAAAAUUUGCGGGAGAAGCAUGUUAGUUAUUUUGGGAAGAAGCUAAAAAGAGAAUCAUUAUUUGAAGUUUCAGGGAUCACAGCCUCACAGGUUGACAUAGAAGUCUCCUUUAUGCUGCCAAAAGUAGAAGAGGUCGAGGUGUUGGACCCCAAAUGGAAUGAUCCUCAACUUCUUUGUAGCACAAAGACAUCGAGCGUCAUUGGUGGAGCAGGUCCAUUUGGGUUAUUGUUAAUGGCUUCUCAAGACUUGACAGAACAAACUGCAGUCUUCUUCCGUGUGUUUAAAGACAACCAUAACCAUCAAUUCGUUGUUCUAAUGUGUAGUGAUCAAAGCAGGUCUUCCCUGAGACAAGGAAUUGAUAAAACUACCUACGGAGCUUUUAUCUACAUAAACCACAAAGAUAAAAUGAUUUCACUUAGGAGCUUGGUAGACAAUUCAGUGAUUGAGAGUUUUGGAGCUGAAGGGAGAGCAUGCAUUACGGCUAGAGUUUAUCCAAAAAUUUCUGUUUAUAACAAAGCCCAUGUUUAUGCUUUCAACAAUGGGAGUCUUGAUGUGGUUAUCCCAAGGUUAGAUGCUUGGAGUAUGAAGAAGGCCAAAGGCAACUGAUGAGAAACGAGAACAUUUUCACCUCGAUUAUAUAAAUCAGUUUGUAGGCUUGAAUAAAGUAGCUAUAUAUCUAUCAGGUCUUGUUCCAUGAAUUGAAGAAGUAUCAAGAAGACAAAACUGCCGU